AUGCUAGAACGUCAAUUACGUGAUCGGUUUGCAACGGGUCUCAACCAUCCCCGACUUGAAGUGGAAUUGAAACAAAGGUGGCCAGAGCUAAAAACAUUCGAUGAUAUUGAAGGCAUAGAAAACGAAGUGUCGUUCGCGGAAGUUUUCAAAAUAGCGCUAUCAAGAGAGUUGGCGGAAAAAGACAUUGUAGAAAGUGAAUGCGCGGAAGUGAAAAAGAUAGUAAAACGUCGUUCGAAAAUCGGUAAACGGAUCCGAAUUUUGUCGGAAGAACAAUGUUUAAGAUGUGGUGCGCAUGAAAGACAUUCAAAAGACAACUGCAAAGUGGCGAAUCACAAUUGUGAAGCGUGUGGCAAACGUGGACAUUACGGGUCGUGCUGUAUAAGAAAAGGCAGAGCUAAAUUGAUCGCGAGAGACAAAAAGAAGCAACAGCGUAUUUACAACAUCGGAUCACCAACGCUUAAAGGGAAGCCAAAACUACGGGCUUAUGGCAAUUUCGAUUUACCUUGCCAAGGGGAAGCUACAGUGACAGUGACGCUGAACAAGCGAACGCGAUCUUUGAAAGUAGUCGUGGUGGACAACGCGAAUCCAAUGUUAUUUGGCUUAGAGUGGAAUAAAGCCUUCAAUUUGCCACUGCCCGAACCAGUGUACAACGUAGAUCGUGUCAACAACCACGAAACAGCAACACCAAUACAUAUUCCAGCCAGGCCAGUCCGAUUCGGAAUUCAAAAAAGCGUGGAAUUCGAACUUGAAAGGUUACAGCAGCUUGGAAUUAUCUCACCUGUUGACCCCAACGAAACACCGAUCGAAUGGGCAACACCCACUGUCAACGUGGUUAAACGAAACGGAAAUAUACGUAUUUGUGGUGAUUUUCGUGUUACACUGAAUCCAGCACUAGUAACAAUACGACAAUAUUUUCAGUAUAACCGUAUGACUCCUGGUAUAUCGAGUGCACCCGGAACAUUUCAAAAUUAUAUGGAAAAUCUACUUGCUGGCAUACCCAACGUUGCAAUCUAUUUCGACGACAUAGGCAUUACAGGUCCAGAUGAAGAUAGCCAUCUAAGAUCAUUAAGAAAAGUUUUUAAACGUCUGCGUGAAGCUGGUUUUCGUAUCGAAAAGAACAAAUGUAGCUUUUUUCAAGACAGUAUCGACUAUUUGGGCCAAAAAUUCAACCGAAAAGGGAUCUAUCCAGUGGAAGACAAGCUGAUAGCAAUCAAAAAUGCUGCAAUACCCACUAACAAGAAGGAGUUACGAUCUUUUCUGGGAUUGGUCAAUUUUUACGAGAAAUUCAUACCCAACUUACAUGGAGCAUGUUCCGAACUACACGCAUUAACUGGUACAAAGUCGCAAUGGCGAUGGUCAAUAAAGGAACAGAAACAAUUUGAUAAUGUUAGACAUAUGAUAGCUAGCGCCCGUCAUCUAACUCCUUACGAUCACACAAAACCGCUUUAUUUGGCAACAGACGCAUCCGAUGUAGGCCUUGGUGCUGUUUUAUAUCAUCAGGACGAGGCUAACAACGAGUUACCUAUCGCCUACGCGUCACGAAAAUUGAACGAAGCAGAACAAAAAUACGCUACCAUUGACAAGGAGGCAUUAGCAAUAUUUUUCACCGUGAAGAAAUUUGAUCCAUAUUUACGUGGGACAAAGUUUACAUUAAUUACGGAUCACAAGCCGCUUCAACACCUGUUGGGAGACAAACGAAAUUUGCAAAAAAUCGUAAACAACCGUCUGACGAGAUGGGCACUAAUGUUAGGUGCAUACAAUUACGAUAUACAGUAUCGUCAAGGCAAAUACAAUAUUCUAGCUGAUUGCUUAUCACGCUUACCAAACGCACAUGAAGCAAUUUCGGAGGAAGCGCAGAAGAUUCAUAAAAUUUAUGCGGUAAUUCAAACACGGAAGCUUGAUGAUAUUGUACUAACAGAACAGGAACUUAGGAAGCAGACGAAACAUAACCUAAUAUUACGACGAGUAAUUGAGUUAAUUGAGCGUCACUGGCCAGACACGAAGUGUAUCAACAACGAGCUGAAACCAUACUACGACAAACGGGAGGAACUAUCAUACGAAAACGGUAUUUUGAUGUGGCAAGGACGAAUUAUCGUGCCCGAUAAUCUUCAAGAAGUAACAUUGAGGCAUCUUCAUAGAGGGCAUCCAGGCAUUGGCUCUAUGCGUGCGUUAGCGAGGUACUAUGUAUGGUGGCCGAACAUCGACAAGGACGUGGAACAUACAGUGAAAUCAUGCAUGGCAUGUCAACGGCAACGCCCAAAACAAUCUGAACUGCCAAUCUACUUUUGGUCCCUGCCAGAGCAUUGUUGGCAACGACUGCAUGUGGACUUUGCAGGUCCCUUCGAAGGAAAAAUGUGGAUUGUGCUUGUUGAUGCUUUAUCAAAGUGGGUAGAAGCAGAUGUACUUUAUGCUGCCACCACAAGAACUUUGUGCGAAUUCCUAGAGGAGAAGUUUAUAACAUUUGGUUAUCCGGAAAUUAUUGUGUCGGAUAAUGGUAGUCAAUUUACGUCAGAAGAGUUUCGAAAUUAUUGUCAAAGUCAUGGAAUAAAACAUGUAACGUCUUCACCGUACCAUCCGAAAACUAACGGACUAGCCGAACGAUUCGUACGAACAUUCAAGGAGCGCAUGAAAGCCAGUGAAUAUGAUGGUUUAUCACAACGUCAGCGCUUGCGCACAUUUCUAUUUACAUAUCGAAACACAUCACACUCCUUUACAGGGAAGGCACCAUCUGAAUUUUUGCUAGGUCGACGCCUGCGAACUUUAUUUGACAAUCUAAAGCCUAAUGUACGGCGAGAGAUGCAUUUUAAACAUGUAAAACAAAAUCUUCAAGCAGAGCAGUCUAACAGAGAGUUCCAACCAGCACAACCAGUAUUCGUAAAGACAGACAUCGAGAAAAUGUGGGAACCAGCCAACAUAGUCGAAAGAACAAAUCGAUAUUCCUACCGUGUUCGAACAAAGGACGGUGUAGAAAGAAGACGACAUGCAGAUCAUAUCCGAGAACGGAGGGUAAUAUCACCAUCAAUCGACUUCCGGGAUGUUUCAGAUUUUAAGCGAAACAGUUUCCAUUACCAAUCUGCAAGCCCGACAGCAAAUGAUGAACAGGAACAUCAGCAGUCUAUGCAGCCCGCUAUACCGUCGCAUGAAAACGGAAACAUGAGUGAACAAGGACAACACACCGAAGCACAACAAAUUGAACAUCCAGAACGGCGAAGCCAACGGCUAAGAAAUCGACCCAAGAGACUAGUCGAAGAGAUGAUUUACGCAUCGGAAAGGACCAUGAAUUUUGUACAAUGGCGCAUGAAGGACCGAAUUCCUGAAAGGACCUCAGGUAGCAAACAUAAGAAUCGUUAUGGUUUCCGUGGUAUGGUCGUAAAUGAAAAGUGUAAUGAGUGA